AUGUGGAAGAUUCUACUAAUAUUAUCUGUUUCUUUGUGUCAGGGCAUUGAAUUGACAUUUGAAUUGCCAGAUAACGCCAACCAGUGCUUCUACGAAGAUUUGAAGGCCGGACUUGACAGUGUCGUCGAAUUUCAGGUAAUAAAUUUCACUUUUUUGUUUAUUUAUUGUUUAGGAUAUGGAUUGUUAAUUAUGCAUUUGUAAAUAUGUAUUUAGGUUGUUACUGGAGGUCAGUAUGAUGUAGAUAUAGUUUUGGAGGAUCCACAAGGGAAGAUCUUGUACAAAGAAGCACGAAAACAGUACGAUUCUCAUCAGUUCAAGACAGAAACACCCGGUACUUACAAAGUGUGCUUUUCUAACGAGUUCUCCACCUUCUCUCACAAGAUUGUCUACAUGGAUUGGCAAGUGGGAGAUGAGAUUACUGGAGGACAAAGACCAGGAGCCAAGGAAUCUCCCAUCAAACAUACGGCUGUCAGCAACUUGGAACGGAGUGCUCAGACUAUUGGGGACCAUCUGAGGGCAGUGGAUGACUAUCAAACUCAUCACAGACUGAGAGAAGCUACUGGCAGAAGGCGUGCUGAAGAUCUGAACGAACGGGUAUUGUACUGGUCUCUGGGACAGACGGCUGUCGUUAUCAUUAGCAGCAUUGUCCAAGUGAGUUGGUUCAAAUUAUACUAAUUAGACUGUUGUUUUUAUGUUUUGUUUAGCCUUUGCUGCCAUAAUAAUAUUGUGUAAUUUCAGGUCAUUUUGCUCAAGUCAUUCUUCCAGGACAAGCGAACCAGGAUGUAA